GAUACUCUCAUCUUCUCUCUUGUUCUUUCUGUUCUACUGUACUAUCAUCAACUAUCAUCCACUAUCAUCUGAUCUGUCAUUUAUCUAAGUUACAAUUAAUUUGGAAAUUGAUAAACAAUUGAACGAUUAAAAUGCCGAAGGGUAAAACGAAAAAGUUUAUCGACAAGCGGAACUCCGUGACAUUUCACUUGGUGCACAGAUCGCAACAUGAUCCUCUGGCGGCGGAUGAAACGGCACCACAGAGAGUUCUUGUGCCAAUCGAUAGUCAAAAAAGUGUUAAGCAAGAGAAAAAAGCCGAAGACUCGACGAAGCGUAUAGAAGAACAGAGAAAGUAUGGAAUUUUCUUUGACGAUGAUUACGACUAUUUACAGCAUUUGAAAGAAGUUAAUAACUUAUCGACGCAAUGGGAACAAGUCGAGAGUGGAAAUGAAGAUAAGAAUACGAAGAAGGAAAGUAUCAAGAUAAAUCUACCAUCUUCUGUUUUUGCAUCCAAUGUCGAGGAAGAAGUUGGUCUGCUCAAUAGAGCAGCUCCGGUUUCAGGACCUCGAUUGGAUUGGGAUCCCGAUAUCGUAGCUGCGUUGGACGAUGAUUUUGAUUACGAUGAUCCGGAUAAUCAGUUGGAGGAUGACUUUAUGGCAAUAGCAAAUGCCUCCGGUGUUAACGAUGAUGAGGAAGAUGGCGACUUCAGUGACGAAGAAGAUUCAGACGUGUCUUCUGAGGGACAUUUGGAUCUCUUGGAUGAAGAAAGAGAUGAGCUACACAGCCUUCAUGGUAGCCAAUUCUCAUUUCAGGAUGAAGAAACUAAAUCUCGUUUUACUGAGUAUUCUAUGUCGAGCAGUGUAAUGAGAAGAAACGAGCAAUUGACUUUACUAGAUGACAAAUUUGAGAAGAUGUACGCUGCUUAUGAUGAAACCGAAAUCGGUGCUUUGGACUGUGACGAAAUUGAAGGAUACGUAUCACCAGAUUCAGCGCUCGUUAUGCAGUGUGCAGAAGAGUUUGAAAAAAAACAAAAAGAAGAUGUGGAGAAUGUGUCAAAAUUAAUGCAAGAGCGCAUGAAAAUUUUAGAACAGCAGCCUGACAGUUCUGACGAAGAAGACCUGGAAGACCUUGUCGUGGAUGCGCGAGAAAAAGAUAAAUGGGAUUGUCAAAGUAUUCUGUCAACAUACAGUAAUAUUUAUAAUCACCCAAAAUUAAUUUCAGAGACCAAGCCCUCUGGAAAAAUUAAAAUUGAUCCCAAAACGGGUAUUCCGAAAAAUGUUUUGACCGGAGCUCCUGGCAAAUUGACUGCCAAGGCUUUGGCGCAGCUAGAUUUAGAAAAUCAGUCAGAAUGUUCAAAAGGACCUGGAUCGAUAGCAGACACAAUGAAAUCUACUUUAAGUGUCUUGAGCGUCAGACCGAAAAAUGAAUCCCCACAAGAAAGGAGAGACAGGAAGAAAGCCCUUAGAGAAUAUAGAAAAGAAAGGAGGGUUGAGCGUAAGGCUAAUACAGAAGCCUUUAAAGAAGAGAAAAAGCGCCAAGAAAAAAUCAUGUUGAAUAACAUGAGAAACGUGCAAGGGAAUCGUAUAUUGUAAGACACCAUACCCCUGUAACAAUCUUUGAUUACAUUUUAAAU